AUGAAGGCCGCGACAUGUUUGUUCGUCGCCGCUUGCCUCAGCGUGGCUGUUGUGAAGGGAGAAACGAGAGGUUUGCUUCAAUCCUUUUAUAAAUAUGACGUUUGCAGAAAAGAUUUUCUGAAUAUUGCGGCCACUGGAGACACGAAAAGCCCAGCUUGCUGGAAGUUCUCACGAACAGAAGACCCUGCAGAACGCUACAAAGCCUUUACAGCUGAAAUCACCAGUCGCCCAUUUUCGUUUUAUGGUCCCCGAGACAAAAUAUUGAAACGUCUUGAGGCCUAUGCUCCUCCUUCAAUUGAUUUGAAGACUCAUAGAGCUUCUCUCCUUCAGCACGGGUUCGAAGCAUCCACAGUUCCUUCAACUGUAAAGGAAGAAGUGCUUGAUCUCAUUGCUUUCCUCUGCUGCCUCAGUAAACAGGCGACAGACGUUAAGUGGACAGAUGAACAAAUCAAGAGAUGGGAAAGCCUUGGCCUCGACGUGCAGGCAGAGCUUGCAAAGAAGGUGUUUGAACCCCCUACUCCUACUGGACCUCCUCGUGAGUUUGCCUUGAACAGCCCUGAUAAACAACUCAUAUUAGCUAUUAUUUUGUUUGGGCUGGAAGAAGCAACGCUGACGCUUCCUUCUGGCGCCCGCGCCUCUCUCCACUUUAUUCCUGCAAAAAACAUUUUUAGAGUUUUACUUCCUAAAGCAGUGGAGGACUGCUCACUUGAAGAUUUCCGAGAAGGCCUGGCGAAGCAAAAAGAAGAAAUUCAAAAGAAACUUCUGCAACAGUCGAAACAGUCGGAGCUUGAGGAGGCCCGGAAAGUUGAUUUCUGGGAGUUAAAGGAAAUAUUUGUACCUGCAGAAAUUAAUAAUAUUAUCGAAGCAGCUAGAAAGAAUGAAGUCGUUGGGUUUACUGUUUCAGAGGAAAAAGCUGAGAGUAUUCCCCCUCCUUCCCCUCCACCUGUUCCUGCGCGUAGGAAGAAAGCUCCCCGUCAUGUUUCGUUUGGCCUUGAAGAGGCGACGCUGACGCUUCCUUCUGGCGCUCGCGCCUCUCUUCACUUUGAACCGACAAAACACACUUUUGAAGUUAUGUUGCCUAAAGAUUUGGAAGAAUGUUCAAUUGAAGAUUUCCGAGAAGGCCUGGCGAAACAAAGCGAAGAAAUUCAAAAAGAACUCCUGCAAAAGUCGAAGCACUCAGAACUCGAAGAGGCACGAAAAGUUAAUUCCUGGAACUUAAAGGAAAUAUUUGUCCCUACAGAAAUAAAAGAUAUCGUGGAAAUUGCUAAAAAGAACGGAGUUGUUGGCUUUACUGUUUCAGGCAAGCAGGAGUGCCCCCUUCCGUCUUGCUAG